AAUGACUGCUGAGGAGACGGCGGCGCAUCUAUGUGGUCCGCCUGACACUUGAUCGAGGGGAGAGAUGCGCCCUUAACAGACGCUGUGAAGACGGGAAGGGAAGGGCACGGGGAACACAUGAAUCUCUCUCCACACUCUGGCCAGCCUGCUUUUGGACUUCGCCGUUUGGCUUUGCCCUCCCCUCACGCAGAAGCCGUGUAUUUUGCAGUGGAAGAGAGUCUAGAACUGAUUUCUCAUCAACUGCGUGAAAAUAAGAAGACCACACAUUGUUGACUGGCUUUAUGUGGCGCGCUGGGGCUCUCUCGUCACUGAAGCGGCGUACUUGAUGGGAAUAUAGACAACACAUACUGUUCUGAGGACUAUGAUGGUUAAAUCGGGUAGGAAUGGACUGGGCUGUGGACUCUGGAAGCUAGUAACGACAAUCAAUGAGGACAUCCAUCUUUGCCAUCAGCAGAGUCUUCAUAGACGACUAUAAAUGUGCUCAAUAUAAGUCCUUUGAGAUAUAAUAUCAGUCAGUCCUUUUUUCUUUUCUCCCCUGCCCAUCUUCUUGGGUCUGCCUGCCUGAAACUUUGGCCCUGAACUCCGACACCAGCAGACAACAUUGAGUGAUUGGUCAUUACAUCCAAGGGCGUCUACACAGCAAGACAAAAAAAUCCCUUGGGAACCCCACUGCAGCUGGUAGUGGUGGUGGUGGCAGGGGCGGUGAGUCAAUCGCCUCAGCAGCUACAGCAAAUGAUUCAUUAUUUGUGAAGUUAACAGCUCAGACCACUUAAUCUACAAGGACCAAUUUCUUACUGGAGGGAAUCGGUCCAAUAUGAAGGACGUGUCAUUUGUGGAUCGUCUCUUUGUCGGCUUGGCCAUGGCCUCUUUUGUUGUGGCCACUGAGGAGAGGCCUGAUUGCCCAAAGCUCUGUGUAUGCGAGAUUAGACCCUGGUUUUCUCCCAGUUCCGUGUACAUGGAGGCACAGACAGUUGACUGUAAUGACUUGGGACUCUUCAGCCUGCCGGAAAAAUUACCAGUGGGCACACAGGUACUAUUACUGCAAACAAACAAUGUUGCCAAGAUUGACAAACCCUUGGAUUACCUGGCCAACAUCACAGAGAUUGAUUUAUCACAAAACAACUUAUCCUCUAUCAGUGACGUCCAUCUGGGGAACCUUCCACAGCUGCUGUCUCUUCACAUGGAGGAGAAUUGGAUACGAGAGUUGCCUGAGCGAUGUCUGGCAGAGGUUGCUAACCUUCAGGAGCUCUACAUGAAUCACAACCUCAUCUCCUCCAUUUCCCCGAUGUCUUUCCAGGGUCUCAGCAACCUUGUACGGCUCCACCUCAAUUCAAACAAGCUGAAGACCAUUAAAAGAGAGUGGUUCGAACCCAUGCCAAAUCUGGAGAUCCUGAUGAUUGGUGAGAAUCCAGUUCUUUCUAUUGAUGAUAUGAACUUCAAACCUCUCAGUAACCUCCGCAGUCUUGUACUUACCAGAAUGAACUUGUCUCAGCUUCCUGAUGAGGCACUGGCUGGUCUUGAUAACUUAGAGAGCAUCUCUUUCUAUGAUAAUAUUUUCCCUGAGGUGCCUCAUUCAGCCCUAAGAAAUGUAAAAAAUCUUAAAUUUUUGGAUCUAAAUAAAAACCCAAUUGCAAGAAUACAGAGAGGGGACUUUGUGGAUAUGCUCCAUCUGAAAGAACUGGGGAUUAAUAGCAUGCCAGAGCUAGUUUCAAUUGACAGCUUUGCUCUCAAUAACCUCCCUGAGCUGACCAAAAUAGAAGCCACCAACAAUCCUAAACUCUCCUAUAUCCAUCCUAAUGCUUUCUACAAACUACCGCGCCUAGAAACCCUAAUGCUAAAUGGCAAUGCGCUCAGUGCCCUCCACAGGAUUACUGUCGAGUCCCUCCCAAAUCUUAGAGAAGUUAGUAUGCACAGCAACCCUAUCCGCUGUGACUGUGUAGUCCGCUGGAUGAACAUGAACAAGACCAACAUUCGCUUCAUGGAGCCCGAUUCUCUCUACUGUGUGGAGCCUCCAGAGUAUGAAGGGCAGCAUGUUCGACAGGUGCACUUCAGGGAGAUGAUGGAGAUUUGUCUGCCACUCAUCUCUCCCGAAAGCAUGCCUGGGCAUAUUAAAGCACAGAAUGGGAGCUCAGUGUCACUCCACUGUCGGGCCUUCGCUGAACCAGAGCCGGACAUCUAUUGGAUCACCCCAUCUGGUACCAGAGUCCUGCCAAACACAGUGUCUGACAAGUUCUACAUGCACCCAGAGGGAACGUUUGACAUCUAUGAUGUAACAGAAAAUGAAGCUGGUCUUUACACUUGUGUUGCCCAUAAUCUGGUUGGAGCUGAUCUUAAAUCGGUUUCAGUAGAGGUGAAUGGAUAUUUUCCCCAACCUGCCAAUGGUUCUCUGAAUAUCGCGGUCAAAUCAGUGGAGACAAACUCCAUCCUGGUUUCCUGGAAAACCGGCCCUGGCACCCUGGCUCCCAACAUUAAAUGGUACACUCUGUCAGAUGUCAACUAUCCCACCACAGCGUUUACCACCAGAGUUCCUUCUGACAUCCAGGUCUACAACCUCACCCACCUAAGCCCUGCCACUCACUACAAAGUAUGUGUGGAUGUCCGCAACAUCCACUACAACCAUGACACCAAAUGUGUCAAUGUCACCACUAAGGGAUUAGAGCUGGCAGCCAAGGACACAGAAAAAUGGGACGCAGCAGUAAUCACUGUCUUUGGUGUGCUCUUGGCUGUGAUUUCAGCGGCCUGCCUGCUUAUUUAUGUGUCUCUGAGGAACCACCACCUUUAUGGGGAUAUAAGGAAAUGCGACUCCAAAGCUUUGCUGACACCAGUGGAAGCUACCGGUAUGCACUCUCCUUUCUUUACAAAGCUGUGGGUUUCGGGUAAGGGACUGCCAAGUGGAGUGGAAGUGAAAGCCACAGUCAUAAAUGUAUCUGACAAUGCUUUUUAAGAAGCGCAGCUUUGUGGAACACCACACACCAACUACACUGAAUGGACAAGGCCAUGGGCAGGGGUGGAGGAAUCUGUAAUACUGUUUCUAAGGCAUACCCAUUGCUGGUCCCUGUCUCAGAUACACUGGCAAAACUAUUACUGGACUGGGAUGGAACUGUUUAAAAUAGACUACAUGCUCUCCCAGUUUCAACCGUAGCUGGUGGCUUUGUAACCGUUACAUCAAACCAAGCUAACAUCAACAGGAAGGGGCAUUUACUGCAAAAAGAUACAUUUCAGUACCAUUCAUACAGAAAUGCAGGCAGUGAAAAGGAAGUGAAGAUGAUGAUGAUGAUGAUGAUGAUGAUGAUGAUGGUCAACUCUCUUGUAAUUGACUGUUAAAUGUGUUCAGAGUUGUGGAACUGUCUGUGUGGUCCCAAGCAAUACCGUCUAUGCUUUGUCAAACAUCCAUAGACGAGUUAGAGAUACAGUAAUAACACCUGUCUAUUAUGGGAAGGGAGAUUUAGUAGAGUAGACAAAUAACAGUGACUAUGGUGUAAGCCUUUUGAUGAAAUAUACCCCCCCCACCCUUUUUCUAUUUAAAAAUGGAUUCUUGAUUUUUCAUGGAAAUACUGUUAGAUAUUCUAUUAUGUUGAUGUAAUGACAAAUCCUCUGUAUCUGAACGGUUUCAAUGGGUUUUAAAUUAAGGCAAGGAGCAGACUACUUUUGAUUACAAUGUCACAUUAAGCUUAAUGAAAUUCAGUUACAAAAUGGGCAUCUAGAGAGGACAUUUUCCAAAUGGCUGUUUAUGCUGUGUAGUUCUCAUUGCAAUGGUGACUGGGAAAAAUGUGAAUAUGUUGGACUAAAAGAGAUAUAACAGGUUGAUAAAAAAAAAAACAAAAAAAAAACUGAGGUGACUGAUGCAUUAUUGCCGCUAGAAGCAGUCCGUUUUGCCCUGGUAAGUGCCUACAACAAGAACUACAUGAGGUAAACAGAAGAAACUGAAGAAACAUGUCAGUCACAGCAAAACAUGGCCAUGUCAUCAUUGCAAAAUCACAAGCUAUUCUCCAGUAAUUUUAGUGGAAAUACCUUCUCAGUAUUUUUAGCAUACAUAUUUUAAGAAAACAUUUCGUUGUUGCUUUGGGUGUAAAGUUAAAAAGCCAUUUUUUUAUUAACUGUAUUAUAUGUGUUUAAUGGGCACAACAGACUAAUUAACAAAAGUGCUGAGAAAAAAAAUAAAUGUCAUUGUUUCUUUUACAAACAUUUGCCUACUUUCUCUCUUUUGCUUUUUUUUUUUUUCUCAUAUUAGUCAUAAUACAUCUGGUUCAUAUUUGUUUUCUCCAUCAUUCAGCCAUGGGUUAAUGUGUAGUGUCUAAUAACUUAUGUGACAUUUCAAUUACAAGUAUGUAAAACUAAAUAUUGAUAAUAUCCAAGUGGUACAGAACAAAAAACUGCCUUUUGAGUCAGUCCACAGGGAAAAAGUCAGGAGACUUUAGCUGAAUGGUUGAAUGGUCGUCCUUACCCAGAAUAAAAAAAAACAAAAAAAAAACAGCAACAAAAGAACAGAACUCAUUAGCCGCCUCAUUAAGAACAUGUUCGUCCUUCAGCUGGUCUGAAUAUAGUCACUGUGUUUCAGCUACAGCUGCUGCUGCUCCUGUUUAGAGAGGGACACAGCGUCCCUACGACAGAGAGAUAAAGUGCAGUACUGAAAAGUCAACGGAGGGUUGGAUAGAGCCGAGUCUAAGCUUUAGGACUCACAUUUUAUUUGUUUUACUGAAUUACCCAGCACACAGAACAUUUCACAUGAGAAAGCCAAGCAUGAUGAAUGGUUGUCAGAGGCAGAGUGACAUGGCGGAUUUAUCAAACAGAGCCUUACGCUCAUACAUCAGACCAGCCUUCAGCACCAUGGACAGAGGCUUUUAGUGCCAAGGCAUCUGUCAAAGACAAAGGAGUUAAAAUAUAACAUGGUGCGCUCCUCAGGUAAUGCUCAGGUCAGACUGAGUCUGUCUCUUUGCAAAAACAGGCACAAGUACAGAUGUACAAACAAGCCUGGCAGAGCUAAAAUCUACUUACAUUUAUAGAAAAACAUGCAAAGGUACAUGCAAACAUGAAUUCAAGGUCAUCGAUUGACACAAAGAGUUACGUAUAGAAGCUGACAAAAAUAGAACAAAAUAGUCAAGGGCACACUUGAUAUACACACACACACGCAAGCAUGCGCACACACACACACACACGCACACACACACACACACAAACCUUUCAUACCCAGAGGUUUAGCAGCUUCAGUCUCUCUUAGUCUGCGUGCUUGGAGAAACACAACAUAACAGCCAAAGAAGCCACUAAAUGAGUUGACUGACCAAACAUGUUCUAUGAAAUUAAAGCAGCUCAUGGAUAUUAGCCUUAUUGUUGUUGUUGUUCUUUUUUUAUUUUUUAUUUUUACAACUCAUGAUUUGAUUACAUACUUGAGUGAAUAAGCUUAAUGUUAUCUGGAAACUCAUCUCUCCUGCUUUCUAUCCCAAUCUUAUGCAUUUCCACAAUCUCUCUUUCCUCUGGCUUAGUCUCCCUCUCUCUCCCGUCACCGUCGACACUCUCCCUCCACUGGCAGGCAUAUGACCUUUUUUUUUUGUCUGAAUUUGAACAUUCAAAGCAACCUAUAUUAGACAAAUACCCUCUGGAUUUAAGUUAAAUCCCAUAUGAAAAGAACCAGUGAGCUGUCACCAUUUAAUCCACAGUGUUUCUUGCUGAAUCGUCAAAUAUUUCAAAUAUUUCAACUAUUUCAAAUAUUAAAACCUCCUUGUUCCUUUCAAAAAAGCCAUCUGCACUGAGGCAGAUAUUAAAGCGUGCUCAGUGAAAGCUUAGAGUUGGGUGUUCCUACUGGUUACAUAUUCAUUUUAAUUUUCUGAGGAUCAUUGUCACACAGCCUGAGAUUUGAUGGUGCAAUCCAACAGUGGUGGGUGCAAGUUCAAUAGUCUAUUUAUUUAUUUAAACACAAGGCAAUCAUUAAGUCAGAGACUGGCAGGUAAUUUCCUUUCUACAUUACUAGAUGGAAUAAAUGUGGAAAAAUGUAAUACUGGAAAUGUGAAUCCGUGAGCCUGUUUAAUAUUGCUGAGUUGAUUCAGACCUGCUAUUACAACAGAGCACACGUGGGAACACUACUACAAUUUCCUAGAGUGCGUACAAUGGUACUAUUUAAACACAAUGUACUUAAUAGUUCUCCAAGUACCUCACAUUCAUUAUAGUUUUAUUCAGACAACAGCCUGAUUUCAUAAUAAAUGUUUUUUUUCUUUUUUGAAAGCUGCAAUUAAAUAUUUAAUUUACCCUCUAUCUGAGAUGAGAUAAAAAAUUCCUACAGCACUGCAAGGGCUGCAGAAAGCAAACAAUGUUCACGCUGCUAUAGGCACUUUUAUAUGUUUGAAUUAUCAGGCUAUUAAAGUUACAAACUUCCACGUAGGUCAGCCAGUGUAGCUACAGGCAGCCACAUUCCAAUGAAAAGUGAAAUGUCAACAUGCAUUUACAGUCCUGCUGCUAGCACUAUGUUUAAUGCCACUGCUUGCUUUUAAGAGGCCUUUAUAGCCAGCUAUUGGAAAAACAACCGGAUGACCUAUGGACUGCAAUAACAAGGCACUGAUUUCUUUCAUGACAGAAUAAAAAUGUAUUUGCCUCUUGGACCCUGUAUUAAUUAAAGCAACAGUUUUGCUGCAGCAGUGUAAAUUGUUUUGUGUCUCAUCACUUGUAGCUGAUGUUAGUGCCGAUGACAGGUGAAUUUUUUCAUGUAUCAUCAGUGAGCCAGUGCAUUGCAAUUCUGAACAUGCAUUUCUGUGUAUUUCCUGAAAAGUAGAGACAGAAUGUCACAUCAGAUUUGGUAUGGCUCAUCAAAGAGCAACCAGUCAAAAGCCAUUUGUGUGUGUGCAUUUCUGCUCCGUCUGGCCUCUUCCUGUCUCUAUUUCCAUAACCAUCACUCCCAACGUGUGCAGCUAAAAAUGAUGUUCUUUUCUUCCAGUCUAGGCAGUGCGUGGUUAGAAUAGCAUGAACAUGCACACACAUCCACGUGUGGAACUCCAUUUAUAUACAGUGCAAUACCAAAACACACAGCUACUUUAUGUGAAGUAAUUUCGAGUUUGAACUAACAUGAGAUUAGAAUUGCUUUCAUAUUUACAAUUUGCAUGACAUCAAUGAAUUUCCACAUAUAAAGAGGAGGGAGCCCACUGAUUCAGACAGCCAUGCAAAUUAGAGGUUUCUCAGCGUAAGUAACCCAACAUAUUGACAAAUACCCGGCCAUAACUCUUGUUUAGGUCAGUGAAAAAUCAACCUGGAUUGAAUGUGGGAACGAUAUGACUCCACAGAGGGCUUUUCCGCUAAUUGGAAUACCCAUUGUCAAACUGAUGAUUGGUUUCCUGGGCUACUGAUUGAUUGCUGCCUCCCUUUGUCUCGCUGCAGUUGCCUCUAUGAAGUGGGGAUGCAGCCUGUGCCCGGAUCAGAUCGAUGCAGAGACUAAUGAGUUAUUCACGUACAUGUGCUCACAUUAAUAAUGGAUUGGGAUUGGGGGGAAGAAAAAAAAAAAAUGGGUAAGAAGGGUCCUAACAGGCAAACAUGUAAGUACAUGCAGGAGCCCUCUUUUCUUAGUAGGUUUAACAAAGUAUUGUCAGCCUUGCGGCGCACAGGCACUGUCGCCUCCAUCAGAUUCAUUAGCGCUAUUAGACCAUCGACAUUCACGGCAGCCGGCAUUAAUCAUCAGUGAACAUUAAAUUCCUGUUGUGAAAUGGUUGAAGAGGCACCUAUAGUUAUAGUCUCUGUGUAAGUACCACCUUUUUACUGCAGGCUUGCUCACCUAAUGCUUCACUCAGAACCGUCUGUAAAAAUACCGGCUGCAGACUUUUCUCUCCAUUAGGAUGAUGGAAGGCUUCAAGAAGAGAUAGGUAAUACUUGUUCAAUGGAGCUUUGAGGUAAAGUAGACCUGUCUCCAGGACGUUUGAGAUUUAAAUAAUGAAUGCCUAUAAAACUAAUAUUUGCAAACACAUGCAUAAAUGCUAAUUUACUCACUGGUAAUUAUGCACUGGCCAAAGUGAUAGAGCAUCUGUGCCAACUGUCACAAUUUUUCAAAUAACCAGGGGAGCAUGUGAGGGAAAAAAACGGAAAAUGAUGGGGAAACUAUAACCUUAUGGAAUUUAUGUUUAAUUUAAGCCAACAAAUAGAAGAGGUUGUGUGAAAUUGUUAGUUUAAGAUGUGUUAUGUUAAAAGGUGUAGUAGUCAUUUAUCAAGAUCCUUUGGUUAAAGAUACAGAAAUGUACAGGAAAAAGAAACCUAAAUAUAAUUGUUUUGGGUGUCUCAUUAAAACCACUUCGGUACCAUUUUCCUUGACUUGCUUUUUUUUUUUCUCAGGCUUACUUUUUGCAGCAAUUACAAGGCCAUAAAUUGCAGCUUUUCUGAGAGGCGAAAACUAAAUGAAGCAAUGAACAUCAACAACAAAAUAGUCUAGGCAUAGAGAGCAUGACAAGGAAAAGACAUCAAUGUUGCUCAGAUGCACAAAAAUAAAAAGAGAUGUACAGUUUUGGUUUGAGAUUGCUGGCACAUCUAAAUGACUUUGUGUUUCUGUUGACUGGUUAGUGAAGUGUCGACACAGACUGGCAGAAAUAAAUACAAAAAAAAAUGAGAGAACUCACGUUGAAAUGAAAAUAGGCCUAUAACCUCCUACUGUAUUAAUGCUUGUCAUAUGGCUUGGACCUCAUUCCUCAAACAUGGCUUAACUAAUCCAGGCUAACAUGAUAUUAGUCACCUAAAAUGAUCCUGUUAGUUGUCAUUCAUCUAGUUUGGUUCCUCUUGGUGCCGCUAAAGGUUUGAUUUGUUAAUCCUGGAUGAAAUGAUCUGGAAUAACCUUUUCAAACAAAGGCAACAUGAAUAGAAAGCUAAAACAAUCAACGCUCAUAUAACUGGCUCAUUAUAUGAUUGUACCUAUGCGAUGUGCUGGUAUGGCAACACGGACACAUACUGCCUAUUUUCUUUGCAGCUGUACAGUAGUGAAUUUACAGCUGAUGACCAACAUCAAACAUAUUGUAACAAUGAAAAGAAAUCUGGAAAACUCAUGAGGCAUUUUCAAAUUCAGUGCAUGAAUGUGUGUGUAAGCACAUUUGAUACAUUUUAGAGGUAAAGAAAGCUCCUGUGAUAACAUAAUUAGACUUAAUGAUAUCAUUUACUUCCAUUCUUUCACUCUUCAGUUAUAUUUUCCUUAUUUGUAUACUUUGUCUCUUCUCAAUCUAAUGUGGUCAGUUUUCUAAAAAUGAAUUUUAGCGGCAGCCUUCCUCUAAGCUCCAGAGAAUUUGUGUGCUACAGGAAUACAGCAGCAAAGGGGCCUGUCCCAAAUAAAAUGGCUCUGAUUUUCUCUUUCAUCAUAACGGGUGGCCUUAUUCUUUGAUGUAAUGAUGGCAGAGUUGGAUGGAGAGAGGGGUGGGUUUUAUUGGAUGGGGGGUCGAGGCUCAUGAUGACCAUUCAGUGCAGGAACACCCGCGGUGCUGGCAAUGUGUUGCGCUUCUUACUCGCGGACGUUUCAAAUUACUGCCCGUGCCUGAACACGGUGAUUGCACCGCAAACACACAAUUCUCAUCACUUUUGUCUGUUGCUCAGGCCUUAAUGCUAAUCAAAUUAGGGGAAGGGCAGAAAAAGACGUCUUUGUGUGCGGCUCCCUGCUGUCUGUCAGGGUUGUUUACAUCGAUAUUUUAAACUUGCUCCCAAAAUGAACACACAAAUGGCUGCGCUCUUCUAUCAAUCAUCCUCCCAACCCCGCGGUACACAUGGAUGGCAGCUCUGUGUGAUUCCAUACACUGUGGAGCAGCAUGUGGCUCACAGUAAGGUUAUACAAAACACCCAUAUUCCUUCAGUUCAUUACACGCUUCCCUGGAAACUAGAAUAACAAUAAGCAAGGCCUUGUGUUUGAUCUUCAUUAUCUUUUUGAUAGAUUCCCUCUCUCUGUCCUUUCUCUGUGUUGAUAUUUGUGUUUUUCUCUCCUCUCUUGCAUCUCCUGUUUCCUCUCAUCUCCAGAUAAGACAAAUCCACCAGUUUAGAUUAGAUCACAACAAAAUUGAAUGACCGUUUCAUAUUGAUGAUAGUUGUGUUUUACAUAAAUUAUCUAUCUAAAUUAUUUGCAACUGAAAUGAAGGGAGCGGGGUAGUUAACAGUCUGGCAAUCUGCUCUCCUCCAUAAUGUACGCAUUCAGAAUGAUGUUACUACUGACUGAAAGCUGUUCAUCUAUGAAAUAAAAGAAAUUGAGUGACCUAUUAA